AUGUCUUCUGCUACCUGGGAUCUACUGCUCGUCACCGAUGCAACUGCGUCGAUGGGGACUUACUUGGACGGCCUGGCUAAAGCUCUUCCGGAAAUUAUCUGUUUAGGAUCUCUUUCUGGUGCAUUUUCUCGUGUUGGCCUUUUGGCAUACAGAGACUAUGACUGUGGGCCAGAAAUCAACGAUGUAAUCGAAUGGAGUGGCUGGGAUAACCCAGACAUUGUCAAACUUGCAAAAUCAGUCGAUCCCCGUGGGGGUGGGGACGUUCCAGAGGCAUGCAAAACGGCUCUCAAUGAAAUACUGAAACAAGUUGACACUGACCGGCGCACGCUGGUAAUUUGGUAUGCCGACGCAGGCCCUCAUCACAGUACAUUUGGUGGUGGAUACUACUCCAAUCGUCCCAAGGAAGAAGCAGCAUUGCUGAAGGCUGGCCUCGAAAAAGAUUGGGUCAAGCUUUGCAUGCAGAUUCGUGCGAGCAAUUGCACUGUCUUUUCUAUAGUCCAACAGAGGAUGCAAGAGACAGCUACACGAUUCUUCACUUUGCUGUCUGGUCUUACGGAUGGCACUGUCUUCACAACGCCAGCGGAAAAUAGUGUCGAGAUUAGCCAGCUUACGCUCGAUCUUCUCCUUGCCUGGAUGGGGGAGAAGAUUGAACCUCCAAAGUACCGGACGGAGACGAUUCACUUUCAGGUCAACCCACUGCAAGCAUCUCCUGCCAUAGUCGACGAAGAAGCCGGUUCUCAAGGCUUUCUGCCUCGCAAAGGAAACGCAAAAGACAAAAAGGAUUUGGUGACUCUCCCUCUAAAAUCUCUUGAGGACGUCUCGUUCCAGGUGGCGACAUCCCUUCCCAAUCUCUCCAAAAGGUUCCUAGACCCUGCAGAGAAGGAGUAUAGAGGCAAAGUCAACCAAGCACUCCACCAAAUCAUCUCGCACAAUGUUCUUGCAUUGACAUACAAUCCCAUAUUUGGCCAGCUAUGGCGCGCAGUUUGCAAGGACAGAUUGAACCCUUAUCGCGACGAUUUGGUCAAUUCCUUCAGUAACCAGGUCGGAAAGGAAACGGAUCCAGAGAGGCGGAAGACGCUCACGGAAUGGCUCGAGGAAUCAUACAACUCCGAGCAGGAAAUUACAGAGCUCGUCGAGGCUGCUCCUAAGGGGGGACCGAGGGUCUAUUUAGAUCUCGAUUCUGGUGUGGACCUUACGAGGGCAGAGCUGCUUGAAGUUGCCAGAAGCUUAUACCCUGGCGUCUUGAAGAAAUUGGCGUCAAUCUUGACACACCUCAAAGUUGUGGAAGAGGAUGUCACUCUUCUCCCAUCGCAGCGAUACUUGCCUCUGUCAUUGAAGCCAUUCGAUUUAUUCAAGGUUCUCCCCCACCUAGUCGUUCCUGGAACUAUGUUCUCAGGGCGAGCCGCAGCUCUCUUUGCAGCCCUCUCCAUGGUUGUUGGUGUUCCUUUCCUCGACGAACCUGCCCGCGAACUCCUCAAUAGGCAGAAGGGCACUUGGCUCGACAUCGAAAUUCCCGAGAACCUAAGUUUCGAGUGUGCCAAGCUCCUCACCAGCCUCCCUCCCGGAGUUGCUCUGACAGAGGAAGAGAGCGCAGUUUAUAAAGGCAUGAGACGCUAUCGACUCAUCGAACUCAACCUCAAGUCCUCGCUCAGCGCUACAGUACCAUGGACACCAGAGAAGACUAGUGGUGUCGGUGACCUUCAGAUUACCUGCUCUAUUUGCAAGAAGAGGCGCAGUGUCACAAUCAUGGCGGAGGGAGACACCUGUGGGCCUUGUGCAUAUGAGAAACAGCGCUUGGAGGCGAUUGCAAAGCACGUAAAGGGUGCGAAGGAGCUUGCUCUCGGCGAUUCCAAUGCAGUCCCGAUCGAGCCCACGGAGCAGGAGUCCAAGUGGGUCGAAUGCUCCGUACCAACGUGUCGCGCACAGUAUGUUGUUCUACGAGCAGGGGACCUUCGAGUUCGUCCCAAGUGCCACUAUUGUCGACACGGGAACACGGCUAUCGCCCCGGGUGCCUGUCCCUGGGUAGCAUGCACUCGAUGCAGCAACCGCAUUAUUGUCCCAGAGGCAUAUCGUACCGUACCAUCUGAACAGUUCCUUUGCUUCGCAUGCUCAUCCGGCAAGAAGACUCUGGUGGACGAGGAGACGAAUACUCUCGACCUUGUGGCGGAAAAUGGAAGUGGAUGGCUCGGAUUUGAUCCUCAAAAGUUUGAUAUAUUCAAGAACUCAUCUGCUUUCAAGCUUUUCUCCAAGUAUGGAGCUUCAGUCUUCAUAGGGAUUCCUACCGAGAAGGAACUCACUCUGCAUUUCAAGAAGAUCUUCAAUGCCGACGUUCUACGCCUGAAGAUAGAGGGCAGAGUGGAGACGGGAGAAGUCGAAAUGGGAACAUGUGCUCUCUGCUUUGAUGACACAUCUUAUCACAAACUUCUCCCCGCGUGUGGAAGGAGCGGAUGCAAGCAGCAAGUCGAUGAGGAGUGUCUCCAGAGAUGGUAUGGAGAGAACAAACCCGGUCGACUCCUCAAUCCUCUGCAACUAGCGUGUCCAUUUUGCAGACGUCCUCCUGUCCGCAAGAUCCUUAUCAAGCAUAAUCCACAGUCUCUCACCGUCGGUGACUUGAGACCUGCGUUGACCGACAGGACCCACUACUAUGCCUGGUGUCUCACUUGCGGCUUUGCUAAACCUGCGAUUGAACGUGCCUGUGCUGAUGCGGGACUGCCCCAAAUCCGUAAUUUUAUGUGCCAGGACUGCAAGGACGCUGCCGAAGCGUUGCAAGCCCGACUCCGCGCUGAAGCAGAGGCAUUGCAAAGAGCUCAAGAGAGAACCCGGCAAGAGGAUCAAGAUGCGCGAGAAGCCCAACGACUAGCACGGCUGGAGGAGAUUCGAAACCGGCUGCGUGUGGUGGAACAGAAUAGGGUCGUAAAGUUCCAACAGUGUCCCAAUAAGCGCUGCGGUAUUGCUGUCGAGAAGGUGUGUUUCUUUGGUGGAUGGAUGCAAUCAUAUCACAUGCCGUAG